GUGUGUUUGGUGCUGCAGACUGACUGACCGGUGCGCGACACUUCGCAGCAAGCAAAAUUUUUAUCAUCUCAUCGCGUUUUCGUCGAUCGCAUCAAUCAAGUGCAGUAGUGAAAAUUGUGCAAAAAUCAGGCUAACUUUGAGAAAAACCGUUCCAAAAUAAGUGUAAAAGUUAGCGGUUGUACUGGUGCCCGUGUAAGAGGUUUUAUUUUCGUUGGAAACUAUCGGAAAAGAGGAUUACAGGCCGUCAGAAUGGCGUCCUACCAAAUCGCAAAUUUGCUCGAAAAGAUGACGUCCAACGAUAAGGACUUCCGUUUUAUGGCUACGAAUGAUCUGAUGACGGAACUCCAGAAGGACAGCAUCAAGCUAGACGACGAAUCAGAAAAGAAAGUUGUCCGCAUGGUACUCCGUUUGCUGGAGGACAAGAACGGCGAAGUACAGAAUCUUGCCGUCAAAUGUCUUGGACCGUUGGUGAACAAAGUCAAGGAAAAUCAAGUGGAAACCAUUGUCGAUUCGCUGUGCGCCAACAUGGUUUCGAACAACGAACAACUGCGAGACAUUUCGAGUAUUGGUCUGAAGACGGUCAUUUCGGAGUUGCCACAGUCGUCGAACUCGUUGGUCCCGAACGUGUGCCAACGCAUCACUGGCAAGUUGAGCAACGCCAUUGAGAAAGAGGACGUAUCGGUUCAGCUAGAGGCGCUGGAUAUUCUGUCGGAUUUGCUGUCGCGAUUCGGUGACCUGUUGGUGCCUUUCCACGACUUGAUCCUGAAGGCACUGGUACCACAACUGGCAUCCGCUCGACAGGCCGUGCGUAAACGUACCAUCGUUGCUUUAUCACACCUGUUGACUACUUGCAAUAAUAAUGCAUACAAUAAGGUCAUCGAACACCUUUUGGAUGGACUGGAGAAGCCUCAGGAUCAGAGUAUGAUCCGAACUUACAUUCAGUGUUUGGCUGCUAUCUGCCGUCAAGCUGGACACCGUUUGUGCAAUCAUAUCGAGCGGGUGAUGUUCUUGCUCAAUCAGUAUAGCCACCGGGAUGACGACGAGCUUCGCGAAUUCUGCUUGCAAGCUUGUGAGGCGUUCGUUCAACGUUGUCCGGAAGCUAUUAUGCCACAUAUUCCUUCGAUUGUUGAUCUGUGUCUGAAAUACAUAACAUACGAUCCGAAUUACAACUAUGAGGCUGAUGAUGGAGAUGGUGGCGUUGCGAUGGAUAUGGAAGACGACGAGGACAUCGACAGCGAAGAAUACAGCGACGAUGACGAUAUGAGCUGGAAAGUGCGCCGAUCAGCGGCCAAGUGCUUGGAGUCCGUUAUUUCUACCAGGCAUGAACUGUUGGAAGAUUUUUAUAAGACUUUGUCGCCUGCGUUGAUCGCUCGAUUCAAAGAACGUGAAGAAAACGUCAAAUCGGAUAUCUUCCACGCGUACAUUGCCCUACUUAAAUCUACCCGCCCGAUUGGGGAUGAUAUGGCCCAUGACCCGGACUCGAUGGAACAAGUCCCGAGCUCCAUCAGUAUGCUUCAGGAUCAGGUACCGAUGAUUGUGAAAGCCGUACAACCGUUGAUGCGGGAGAAAUCCGUCAAAACUCGACAGGACUGUUUUCUGUUGCUUCGUGAACUGUUGAAUGCAUUGCCGGGAGCAUUGUCGAAUCACAUUGAUCACCUGAUGAGUGGUAUCCAUUAUUCCCUGAAUGACAAAAACUCUACGUCGAAUAUGAAAAUUGACGCACUCGGAUUCGUGUACUGUAUGCUGGGAGGGCAUAAUCCACAAGUGUUCCAUCCGCACAUCAAGACGUUGGUGCCGCUUGUCGAAGCUGCUGUUUUCGAUCCAUUCUACAAAAUUGCCACCGAAGCUUUACUUGUUCUGCAGCAGCUGGUGAAGGUUAUUCGUCCACUGAACAUUCAAACUAACUUUGAUUUCACCCCUUAUGUUCAUCCACUGUAUUCGAGCACAUUGCAGAAGCUUCGUUCGCCUGAAGUAGAUCAGGAAGUGAAAGAACGAGCUAUCGCCUGUAUGGGUCAGAUCAUUGCCAACAUGGGCGAUGUGCUGCAACAGGAGCUGAACACCUGUUUGCCGUUGUUUAUGGAAAGAUUACGCAACGAAGUAACCCGACUGAGCUCCGUUAAAGCUUUGACGAUGAUCGCUGCUUCCCCUUUGCGUGUAAAUCUCAGUCCGAUUAUUGCAGAGGUUGUUCCGGUUCUCGGAUCGUUCCUUCGCAAGAACCAACGAGCACUCAAGCUCAAUUCACUUACCUUGCUGGACACGUUAGUCACUCACUAUCACCAGCUGAUCGACGAUAUGCUGCUGCGAAAUGCAGUUUCCGAAGUUCCACCAUUGCUCUCCGAAUCGGAUCUUCAUGUCGCGCAGCUUUCGCUUGUCCUGUUGACUUCCGUGGCACGCCAUCAACCUCAAGCUCUGAUUGGAGUGCACGAGCAAAUCCUACCGGAAGUGAUGACCUUAGUCCGUUCCCCAUUGCUGCAAGGCACAGCUCUCAACUGUACCUUGAACCUUUUCCAAGCUCUGGUACAUGCCAAUCUACCAGGGCUUAGCUACCGCCAUUUGUUAAACAUGCUCAUGUAUCCAUUGAAUAAUCAACAGCAAGGGCAGCAACUGCACAAGCAAGCAUAUCAUUCGCUGGCCAAGUGCAUUGCAGCACUAACUCUGCAGGUGCCGAACGAAGCAGUGGCUGUCGCUAGAGAAUUUCUGCGGGAGAUCCAAAACAGACGCAGCGAUGCUCAUUUGGUGUUCUACCUACUCACAAUCGGCGAGAUUGGAAGGCACUUCAACCUAAACGCUAUUGACUCACUGGCUCAAAUCGUUCUCAACUGCUUCUCGGCAUCGUCCGAAGAUGUGAAGGGAGCAGCGUCGCAUGCGCUUGGGGCAAUCGCCGUUGGUAAUCUUACUCAUUAUCUGCCGUUCAUUUUGAAUGAAAUUGAAGCACAACCGAAGAGACAGUACCUGUUGUUGCACUCCCUGAAGGAAGUUAUCUCGUCGCUUUCAACAACCAAACAUGGCCUGGAACAGUUGCUUCCAUCAGUACCGUCCAUCUGGGCCGAACUGUUCAAGCACUGUGAAUGUUCCGAGGAAGGAUCUCGCAACGUAGUUGCCGAGUGUUUGGGAAAAUUGGUGCUAGUAAAUCCAGAAGAAUUGCUACCACAGCUGCAGUUGGCACUACGUAGCGAAAGCCAUCUGAUGCGUACGGCUGUUGUUUCGGCAAUCAAGUUUACCAUAUCCGAUCAGCCGCAAUCGAUUGAUCCGCUACUGAGGCAGUGCAUUGGGCAGUUCCUUUUUGCACUGCAAGAUCCGGAACCAGCUGUCCGUCGAGUCGCGCUUGUUGCAUUUAACUCGGCAGUGCAUAAUAAGCCCAGUCUUGUGCGAGAACUACUACCCGAAUUGCUGCCACAACUUUACUCUGAGACAAAGGUUAAGAAAGAUCUGAUCCGAGAGGUUGAGAUGGGUCCAUUCAAGCACACAGUUGAUGAUGGCUUAGACAUCCGGAAAGCUGCAUUCGAAUGCAUGUACACUUUGCUGGAGCAGGGGCUAGAUCGGGUAGAUAUCAUGCAGUUCCUUGAACAUGUACAGGCUGGACUGAAGGAUCAUUAUGAUAUCAAAAUGUUGACCUACUUGAUGACCGCUCGGUUGGCUGUCCUUUGUCCCUCUGCAGUUCUGCAAAAACUCGAUCAAUUCGUUGAUCCCCUGCGCGCCACCUGCACAUUGAAAGUGAAAGCCAACUCAGUAAAACAGGAAUACGAGAAGCAAGAUGAACUGAAACGAUCUGCAUUGCGAGCUGUUGCAGCUCUCCUUCAAAUUCCGAAAGCAGAUAAAAACCAGCAUCUGGCCGAAUUUCUGUCACUGAUUCGCAGCUCCUCGGAAUUGCAACCGUUGUUUGAGUCUGUGCAGAAAGAUUCGUCCGUGUUGACCAACAACAACGCUGACAGCCUUUCGAUGGAUCAAAGCUAGGUGGAACGAUGCGGCAGUGCCAUUCUUUCUAGCUAUUGGUUCAAAAAACGUAAGGUAUGGUAAGUUACACGACGCUGCUCAUAUUUUGUUUCUCUCUCUCUUCGAUGUACAAGAGCUUUUAUUUUCACUUAUGCCUUCCCAUCGGGGCAUCAAUGCAAGAAAAAUCAUAAACUAUGGAACGAAGAGUGUGGUCAAAAGUCGCCAGGAAAAAACGAUACAGUGUGCGUUUAAACGAACAAUUGAUGCAUUUAGUUUUUUUAUUCUCACAAAUGAAAGGAUAGCGGUAGGUUCUCCAUCUGGUUAAUUAUUCGAUGCGUUCGUACCUAAGGAAUACAAACAUGAAACGGCAAUUAACUUUCCGAUGGGAUUAUUCUUAUACAUAUUUUAUCUUCGUUUUCUGAAAUCUUUGAAAAUCACAUAACUGAAUCAAAUCGGAUGUAGUUACAAAUAAACCCACUGAUACAAUUUA